AGCUAAUAUCGCUGUUUCACUGCCUCCUCAUGGAAAAAUCAGACCUCGAGACUUACCAAGUACAACUCGACCAGGUGGAGCUCGCACUACAGAGCGACCCUGACAACGCCGAACUAGCCUCCCUGCGCUCCGAACUCAAGGAGCUUAUCACUCUCACCCAAGAGCACCUAGCCGCAUCAGCAGCAUCGACUUCGACGUCAGCGAACAAGGCUAAAACUUCCGUAACCCCUGCAUCUUCACAUACCUGGUCUGCGGGCAACGAUUGCUUAGCCAAAUACUCAGGUGAUGGACAGUGGUAUCCUGCCCGAAUCGUUUCCGUUGGCGGCUCUGCGGAGAACAGGAUAUACAGCAUCAUGUUCAAAGGCUACCAUACUACAGAACUUGUCAAUAGUUCUGCGUUGAAACCUCUGCCGCUCAACUACUCAGGUGCCGGUCCUUCCGCGGGAGGAGGUGCGAAGCGCAAGUUAUCGAAGGUGGAGGAAGAGGAGAGGGAGAAGAAGAAGAAAAAGAACGAAAAGAAGGCAGAGGUCAGGGCGCAGAAGUCCAAGGAACAGACGGAGAAACAGGCAACAUGGCAGAAAUUCGCAAAGAAGAGCGAGAGGAAGGGCAUCCAUAUUGCUGGCGUGGCUGGUACGAGUAUAUUCAAGACGCCCGAUAACCCUAUGGGCAAGGUUGGAGUUACGGGUAGUGGCAAAGGCAUGACGCACGUCAUCACUCCAGGGAAGCACAAGUUCGUCCCGGAGGACGAACCCCAAGCAUGAAAUAGCAUCUGUCGUGGAUGAGGUCAUGAAUAUAUGUGCACAGGUGGAACAUCAUAAGUGAUGCCUCACUUUUCAUUUGCUGAGUUAUGGUCACAAAUCACCUACUUGUCUCUAUAUGCAUCAUCUAGUCGCGACAUGCCACGUCGAAAGCCACGCUUGCCAGCGUCAUCUGCAGACGCCUCUGUACGUCUCUAAUGUAUCUCACGUCGGGAAUUGCACUCAUAAC